GCGGGCGCUGGACCGCGGCUCCAUCCGGCUGCCAGCCCUGGGCCGCUGGGGUCUGGGGGUGUCAGGGUGGCUGGGUGACACCGUGACACCCACCCUGGGCACCCCCUUGGUCCGAGGGACACUGGGAUUUAUUCCCAUUGGAUUGGAAUUGGGUUUUUUUUCCCCCCUCCUCCUCCAGACCGGGGGCCUGCUCGGCCGAUGCGGACACAAAGCCGGAGGAGACGCGGCCUUCCCAGGAAAACCUCAGGGAGGGGCCCAGGUGGAGCAUCCGGACCCCCCGUACUUCCCUAAUGGCUUCCUCCGAGCUGCCCCCCCACCCUGCAGUAGGUGACUCCCUGUCCCCAGAGCCCCCCAGCCCCCUACCCCGUGGGGUGCAGGACCUGGGUGAAGCCUUCGCCUUCGAGGACAGUGAGGAGGAGGAAGAGGAGGAGGAGGAGGAAGACUCUGCUGCCGAGCGGAGCAGCGGUGCCGUCCUCCAGGCCCCCCCUCGCAGGCGCCGUGCUGCCAGCUCCAGCCUGGAUGGGCUGGUGCCAGAGACCCACGACGGGCUGCCAGUGGGGGUGAGCAAUGGGGAGGCUGGUGGAGACCCCCACAUCGAUACCCAGACCUGGAAGAGGAAAAGCAACCGCCGAGGUGAGCGUUUUGAGUUCCCAGCAGUGGAGGAUGAUGUGAUCUACGACGAUGUUCCCUGUGAAGCCCUCGAUGCUGAGCAGGAUGGAGGGCGGGAGCAGAGCCUGAUCUAUGAGGAGGUGCAGCCCGGCCAGGGGUCACGGGCGGGUGAGGAUCUGGGCUGGAGCUCCAGCGAGUUUGAGAGCUACAGUGAGGACUCUGGAGAGGAAACCAAGGUGGAAGCUGAGCCAGCCAAGCUGCGGGCAUCCUUCCAGCCCAAGCUUUCUCCAGACCUGAAUAGACUAAAGGAGAGAUACGCCAGGACUAAGAGGGACAUCCUGGCUUUAAGAGUUGGGGGGAGAGACAUGCAGGAGCUGAAGCAGAAGUACGAUUGGAAGAUGACCCAGCUGAUGAAAGCUGCCAAAAGUGGCACCAAGGAUGGUUUGGAGAAGACCAAGAUUGCAGUGAUGAGGAAGGUGACGUUCCUGCACAGGAAAGAAGCUCCAGGGGAUGGGGAGCAGAGGAGGAGGAGGAGGGCAGUGGAGGUGGAAAAGCAGCCCCCUGCCCGGAGGAGCUCGAGGGUCUCCCUGGAGCAGCACAGGGGAGGGGACUCAGAUGAGGAGGACACGGGCUUCCUGGAGGUCACUGUCUCCGACAUGAAGCACCCACCACCAGAGCUGGGCCCCAUGCCUGAGGGGCUGAGCCCACAGCAGGUGGUACGUCGGCACAUCCUGGGCUCCAUCGUGCAGAGCGAGCGGAGCUACGUGGACUCCCUGAAACGCAUCCUGCAGGAUUAUAGGAACCCCCUGAUGGAGAUGGAGCCAAAGGUGCUGAGCGCUCGGAAGUGCCAGGUGGUGUUCUUCCGCCUGAAGGAGAUCCUGCAGUGCCACUCCAUGUUCCAGAUCGCCCUCGCCUCCCGUGUGGCUGAGUGGGACUCAGCUGAGAAGAUUGGGGACCUCUUUGUGGCCUCGUUCUCCAAGUCGAUGGUGCUGGAUGUCUACAGUGACUAUGUCAACAACUUCACCACUGCCAUGUCCCUCAUCAAGAAGGCUUGUCUCACCAAACCUGCCUUCCUCGACUUCCUCAAGAAGAGGCAGAUGGCCAGCGCUGACCGGGUUACGCUCUAUGGGCUGAUGGUGAAGCCCAUCCAGAGGUUCCCCCAGUUCAUCCUGCUCCUGCAGGACAUGCUGAAAAACACCCCCAAGGGCCAUGCAGAUCGCCUGUCCCUCCAACUGGCCCUCACUGAGCUGGAGACCUUGGCUGAGAAGCUCAAUGAGCAGAAGCGCUUGGCCGACCAAGUUGCCGAAAUCCAGCAGCUCAGCAAGAGCAUCAGUGACCGCAGCAGCCUCAACAAGCUGCUGAGCUCGGGGCAGCGGCAGCUCCUGCUCUGCGAGACGCUGACGGAGACGGUUUACGGAGACCGGGGGCAACUCAUCAAGUCGAAGGAACGGAAGGUUUUCCUCCUCAACGACAUGCUGGUCUGUGCCAACAUCAACUUCAAGCCAGUGGACCUAGGAGGCCAGCUGGAAAUUAGCAGCCUGGUGCCCCUGGGUCCCAAAUACGUGGUGAAGUGGAGCACGGCCCUCCCACAGGUGCAGGUGGUGGAAGUGGGGCAGGAGAGCGGGACCUACGACAAGGACAACGUUGUCAUCCACAACGCGGGAGCCAAGAAGCACGCGCCGGCUGGGCAGGCUUCACACAAUAAAGUCUACCUGGGGCCACCGCGGCUCUUCCAGGAGCUGCAGGACCUGCAGAAGGACCUGGCAGUGGUGGAGCAGAUCACCCUACUCAUCAGCACCUUGCAUGGCACCUACCAGAACCUCAACAUGACAGUGGCCCAAGACUGGUGCUUGGCCCUGCAGAGGAUGAUGAAGGUGAAGGAGGAGGAGAUCCACUCAGCCAACAAGUGCCGGCUCCGGCUCCUGCUGCCUGGGAAGCCAGAUAAAUCUGGCCGCCCCAUCAGCGUCAUGGUGGUCUUCAUCACUCCAAACCCCCUGAGCAAGAUCUCCUGGGUGAACCGCCUGCACUUGGCCAAGAUAGGACUGCGGGAGGAAAACCAGCCGGGCUGGCUCUGUCCCGAUGAAGACAAGAAGAGCAAAGCUCCUUUCUGGUGCCCCAUCCUCUCCUGCCACAUGCCUGCCUUCUCCUCCAAAGCCCUAGAUCUGCAACUGGGCACCGCUGUGCACAACCCUGUGCAGUCCUCACUGCUGGGCUUCUCCGCCGUCAGCACCUCGUUGCCACAGGGCUACCUCUGGGUUGGAGGGGGCCAGGAAGGCGCUGGGGGACAAGUGGAGAUCUUCUCCCUCAACCGAGCCGUGCCGCGGACGGUCAAGUCCUUCCCUGUGGCUUCACCAGUGCUGUGCAUGGAGUAUAUCCCUGAGGGGGAUCCAGUGGAAUCCCAAAACAGCAUGGAACAGCCCUCCACAUCCCCACAUCCCACCGUCUGCUUGGGAUUACAGGAUGGCAGCAUCAUGGUCUAUGGCAGCGUGGACACGGGGACUCAGUGCUUGUUGACCUGCAAAAGCCCAGGCGCACAGCCUGUCCUCUGCUUGAAGCACAGCCCUGAGUUCCUCUUCGCGGGGUUGCAGGAUGGGACCGUGGCUGCCUACCCCAGGAGCAAUGGGGGGCUGUGGGACCCACUGGCCCAUCCCACCCGCCUGGCCGUGGGCACUGGCCCCGUUCAAGCCCUGCUCACCCUGGAUGAGACCCUCUGGGCCAGCUGUGCCAACCAUGUCACUGUCCUCGAUGCCACCAGCCUCCGCACCCAGCAAACCUUUGAGGCCCACCCAGAUGCUGAGGCCAGUGUCACUCACAUGAUCAAGGCGGGCAGUGGGGUCUGGAUGGCCUUCUCCUUGGGCUCCUCCAUCCGCCUCUUCCACACUGAGACUCUGGAGCAUCUGCAGGAGAUCAACAUUGCCACCAAGACCACCUUUGUCUUGCCAGGUCAAAAACACGUCCGUGUCACCAGCCUCCUCAUCUGCCAAGGCUCACUCUGGGUGGGCACUGACCAGGGCAUCAUCGUGUUGCUGCCCGUGCCACGCCUGGAGGGCAUCCCCAAAAUCACUGGAAAAGGAAUGGUGUCCCUCAAUGGCCACAGCGGCCCCGUGGAGUUUUUGGCAGUGGCCUCGAGCACCCUGGCACCCGACGUGCUAAAGGGUGACCAGGAAGAGGAGGAGGAGGCUGAGGAAGAGAAACCCCCUGACCUUGUUGAUCCCCAACCUCGAGAGAUGAGGAAAAAAGGGAUUUUAUUACAGUAUCGUCUCCGUUCCACCUCCCACCUCCCCGGGCAGUUGCUGUCAGUGCGGGAAGCGCCGACGGGUGCCCCACCGGCUCACACCGAGGAGGAUGGAUCCAUCUAUGAGAUGGCUGAUGACCCUGAUGUCUGGGUACGGAGUCGCCCCUGCUCUAGGGACACCCCUCGCAAGGAGAUCUCCUCAGUGGCCAUCAUUUCAGGGGGACGUGGCUACCGAAAUUUCCACCCUGAAUCUCCACGUCGAGGUGGCGACGCCGACAGCGCCUUGCUCAUCUGGCAGGUCCCACUAAUGCUAUAGCUCCCCAGCACCUACCUCAAACAUGAAAAAUCCCACCCAAAAACCUGCCAAGGGGGUGGUCCUGCCCGGGGUGCAUCACCCUUUAUUCUAAUUCUUCUUUUAUAAGGUGGAAAAAACUGGAAAAUAAGAUUUGAGGGUUUUUUUUCCCCAAAAAAAGCCACCUCUGUGCAUGGGGAGAGGGGAUUUUUUUUUUCGAACGGUGACCUCCCUGCAGGCUUUGGAGGUGCCAAUGGUGUCUUGUGUGUCUGCGUGUGAAUAUAUAUAUAUAUAUAUAUAUAUAUAAAAUAUAUAUAUAUAAAUAUGAUGUAUAUUAUUACCUGUAUAAAGAAGGAAUCUGUAUAUAUUGGGGCACUUGGAGGUGCAGAAAUGGUGGCUCAGCGAGUCCCAGCUGUGCCGAAAUGAGGUUGUUGUUUAUUUUUGCUGAAACAGCCUUUUUUUCUUUGUUUUUCUUUUUGUUUUGGUUUGUUUUGUUGUUUUUGGGGGUUUUUUUUUGACUGUGAAUUGAGGAUAUUUGGUACAAAAAUCCCCUGGUUUGGGGGGGCUGAGUAUGCACGGUUUCCAGAGGGAAGGAAAUUUGGGGAGUGUGGAAAUAAAUCCUAGAGGAAUCAGGGUGUUUCCUUGA